CAAUCUAUAGCUCUUGCGGCAGUUUAGUGCUUCAGCUCUGAGGACAGUGGCUUACCAUCAAUGAUGCCGCUUUCACAGUGGAUAGCAGCCAUUUCCAUAUGCUGUAUGCUAACUGAUCCUGUCACCAGCUCCAAGGGACACUGGAGUAUCAACUUGCCGGAACGAGAGUUUAACAUUGCAAAAUACACUAACAUCACCAUUAAAUGCAAAGUGACAUAUCCUGAUCCUGAAGCAGCCAAACGGAACAUCCAGGCCUUUUGGAAGACGAAAGACAAAGGAAAAAUGAGUAUAAAUAAUAAUGACAAGAACAUGUUCAUCUUUCAUCCCAAUGACUCUUUUGUGAUUGAGAGCUUUCAGAGAAGAACACAACUCCUUGGAAAUAUUAGUAAUCAUGACUGUUCUCUGUUAAUCAUCCGUGCACGAAGUACUGAUGUUGGGCAGUACUACUUUAGAGUGGAGACUGGAUCAGAUAAUUACAGCUUUGUUCAGAAGAAUGAAAUCAUACAUAUUGUAGAUGUCAACUCUAGUGUUUCAGGGAAUGAAGACAUUCAAGUUGUAGAUGUCAACUCUGGUGUUUCAGGGAAUGAAGACAUUCAAAGUGUCACUGAACCAGCAGCUACAUCAGGUCAUCCAUCAAAUUCCAGAGUGGAGGCCAUUAGCAUCUCUGUCCCUGUGGUUCUUAUCCUGCUUGUUGCAGCUGUGAUUGUGAUAGUGCUUCUCCUCAGACGAAAAAAACGAAGAAGAAAUCCUGUGAGACAAGAGAUGAAUUACUAUGAAAACCUUCAAGUGCCUUGUGGGAAGCCACGUGAUGAUGGGCAUGACUCAACAGAGAAGGACGAGAAAGAGCAGGAACCACCGUCCACACCUGAAGACACAUCCAUUUACGCCAAUGUCCAGGGUGGAUUUCUUGAGGAGCCUACUGAUUUUGAUCCAACAGAAAACAUCUACUCUAAUUUUGGCUAUGAUGUACAGCUGUAGGACAGAAAAAGCUCAACAAAUACAUGAUCAUGAUACAUACAGUCAAGCGAUGGUCCUCCAUGCUGAACUAAUGUAUCUAAUGUAUGUAUGUGUGUGUGUGU